AAAAACAUUCUAACAACUCUUCUAAUUCAAUCAAACAUUCUAAUUUGAUCAAACAUUCAAAUAAAAAAAUAAAAGCUUUACCUAAAGAUGAGAAACAUACUAGAACCAGUUGGAUCUGUAAACACUUUAAAGAAGAUGUAGAUAAAGAUGGUAUUCCUGUAAUUAUAUGUCAAGUAAAGAAUAAUAGUAAAAAAUGUGGUACAAAAUAUAUCCUUACUAGAUCAACAGGAAAUGCAAAUAUUCAUCUUAUGAAAUAUGCAAUA